UAAACACAUUCCCAUUCAACACAACCAGGCACAUAAAACAUAGAAUCGGAAACCCACAAUCAACAUGUUUCGUAUAAAAGGGCAGGAAACGGCUGCACCAACUCCUAGUAAGGAUGAACCAAAGAAGUACACGCCACAGCAGUAUAGAGAGAAGAUCAGUAGCCUGUUUCCGCUUCCUGAGCGGCCGGCACAUAUGUGCCAUGAUGAAUUCGUGAAGAAGCUCCUGGAACCAUAUGUCCUUGACACCAAAAGGGAAGUACGCGCCGUUAAGAUGAUCCAGGAUUCCGAUAGAUCUAGUGAUGAUCCGAAUGAUGCUUUUUGGGCCAAGAUGUACAAGACCGAUUACUCAGCGAGGGCCAGCACAUAUUUGGCCAGGGCCAGCAUGUUACCGGGCAUGAUUGCCGUCAAGUCAAUCCUUAGUCCCCAACAACGCGACUCUGCUGCUUUGACCACCCAAAUGUUCAAAGUGCGCUUUGCCAAUUUGAUAUCCGACUUCCGAAAUGUGUGCAUCAUCUACCAGCUGCUGCAGCUUCAGGAUAUCCUUAAUGUUAUGCGAGAAUACCCACCGAAUGGCACUGAUCCCAAAGACACCAUCUUCAGCUGGUCUUAUAAGCAGAACUUAAAGCGUUUCGAACAGCAAACCAAUACCGUCUACGUGGACAUUCUGGAAAAGAACAAAACUGAUGCCACUCUGGAUGAUCUCAAGUUCUAUGUGGACGUGGGGGAACUGAUUGGCCUAGUGCAAGCCCUGCUAGACGAUGUUGUCAAUGAUAGAGAUCUCUGCGAGCCACAUGGCUUCAUGGAGCGUCUCAAGGACACCCAAGUGGAUAUCGAAAAACUUAUAGCCGAGCCAUAUGAAACCAUAAUGGCCAAACAUGACGCUUUAGUUCAGGAGAAUGAAAAGAAGAAUCGGGUUGGCAAGUUCCACAAUCCAAUGUUGGUGGCCAAACAGAAUGCCCUGAACAAAGAGCGUUUCCAUAUCGAUUACAUAAGUCCAAUCGAAUCCCGCUAUAGAAUCAAUUGGACCCACGACAAUGUGGAGCAGGGGCAAUAUGCUGAUUUCCUUCGAUGCCAGGUUCUUACCGAAGAAUUGGAUAAAAUUGAAGAGCUGACCCGCAAGGACUCGAAUGUGUGGAAGAGUUGCCAUUUGGAGUACGUCACCCUGAUUGAACAGUAUAAGAAUCGCAUUGAUAAGAUCCAGCAGGCCUUCGAUGAUGAUAUGGAAACGGCCGAGAAUAUGUUACAGGCCACCAUAAAUAGGGUUAGCAAAUGCAAAGAGGAUCUGAGGAUGCACCAAGAGAAAGUGGAGGAGUUCCACAGGAAAAUCCAAGUUGUUCGUGAUAAGUUGGCAAUCGAAGCAGAGAAGGAACGUGCCCGUUUGUCGGCUGCACGACCUUCGAAGAGAAUGUCCAGGAUAUUGGCCAGACAGAAGGAAGAGAAAAAGGAGGCAGACAAACAGGCCAAAUUGGAAAAGAAACUGGCCAAGCAGCAGAAAAAGGCCGAAGCUCAGCAGCAAUAACUGAAUUAAACCCCCGUAAACAUCGAUAAAUGGAUUAUAAUAAAAUAUUGUUUGUACAUUGAA